AUUAUUAUAACUGUUUGUUUAUUUGAUACUUAAUACUUAAUAGUUAAUAGGUAGUUUGAAUUUUUUAAAUUUGAAUCCCAAACGGCUAAUAAAUCGCAUUCGUUUAAAGUGUAAUCAAUUUUCCUUAUUUAACGUUUUUCUUAUAAUUUUUAUUUUGUAUUUCCAGUUAUUACAGAUGUAGUGUAUAUUGUAUUAUUUAUUAUUGUUUUGUUUAUGGUCACAACUUGAAUUUUAUGCCGAAAUACUUCGGUGACACCGAACGACUAAACGUAACAGCUGUCUCGGUGUGUUGAUGUACAUCAUAAUUCACCAUCCAACGAAUCCUCGUCGUUCCAAACAAUUACCGCCGAUUAUAUAAAAUUGUAUUAAAUCAAGAUGAGCAACCAAACAAGUUCAACUGAUUCAGCAUUUAAAAUACCUAUGGCACCUCAAUAUUAUCCUUCACAACAACCUGAAUCUUUACUUUUCCAAGACAUUAUAGAAGAGAAAGCUGAAGCACUCCGCAAUACAUUAAAUGAUUUUUUGAAAGUGCAGCCAUAUCGUAAAUUUGAUGUUGAAUUUAAUUCCUUUUUAAAACAUUUAAGACGCAUUAUCAUUGAAAGUCAUCGUUCUGGCUCUAAUGUUUCUCGAAUUACCAAUUCAUCACAAGUUGCGCCACUUUAUGCUAGGCCAUCAGCAAGUUUCAAUUAUAGGCCUUCAACGAGUUUUCACUACAGACCUCCAACAAUGUCAAUGGUUAGUUCUAGUGAUUAUGGCACAAUGAGAUUACCAGAAAACAAUUUUCAACCCAUCGAACCUAGAGAACUUUCAAAUCCAUUUAAACCACCAGAUUGUUUACAACCCAGAGUGGUAUUAUCUCGUAUCGAUCAAUCUGGUCACAAUUCUCAUGAGUCACCUUCCAUAAGUACCACUGUUAUUGAAGUAAGUCAAAAUCGUAGUAUAACCAUUAAAGGAAAUAAUACUCAUGAAAUCGCUCGUAAAUCUAAAUCUAAAUCUCUAUCAAGAAAUGAACAAACUGCACGUAAUACAUACUCUGAUGUAACAUUUGAUGAGAAUAAUGAAAAUGAAAAUGUAAAUGUAAAUGUAAAUGAUGACAAUAAUUCAAUAGAAUCACUUCUUGAAGACGUUGGAUUUAAAAUUAUUGUUGGAUUAACAGAAAAUAAUGAGAACAGCAAAAAAAAUAAUGCGAGUCUACAUCAUAAUAAUACAAAUAAAACCAAUGCAUUAGGAAAUGUUGAAAAAUUUUUAUCUAUGUGGUCUUUAAAUAUGAAGCUAAUCAAAUCAUCACAACAAUCUGGCAUUUCAAAACAUGUUUUAAUUUUAACUGGUAAUUUGUUGGGAGAAGAUAGACUGACAGUUGUAGAAAAACGUCAUGAAGCUGGUAUUUUAGAAGGCCGAAAAGAAAAUAAUUUAGUUAAGACAAAAAAUGGACUAUACCGUUUAGUUGGCAACAUCAUUGGUGGAUCACCUAAUGAAUUAUAUCAAACAUGCUUGUCCAUCAAUGGAAUUCCUAGGACAUGGAGAAACAUUGUUAAACAUCUAACUGGGACUGAAAAUAAAAUGAAAAAUGUGUUUGAUUUUUCAAUAAGUUCUCCAGCUGGACCAAUGGCCAAGCCAACAAAAGCUUCUGUGAAUCUUGAUGCUAGUAUGACCAGAAAAGGAACAACUUAUAGUAAAAAUAUAACUCUUACAAAUCAUAAAAGAAAAUUAACCGAAUGUGAUGAAACUGAAAAUAAUAAAAUUAAACAUCGUAAAUUUGGUGAACAUUUACCAUCAAUAUUAGCAUCCACACCGAAAAAACCAAAAAAACAACUCACUAUGUUUGAAACUCCAAGUCAAAUAUUGAAAAAUAAGUUUAGUCAAAAGAUAUGCAGUAAUUCGAACAAACAACGAAAGCUGAAUAAUAUUAAUGAUUCUAUCCAUAUAAACAAGAAAAGAAAAUCUCAGUCAACAGAACAGAUAAGCACAUUUUUGAAGCCGAAAACUCCUGAAAAGACAUUUUUGAGUAAUAAUAAUAGUACAAAAAAUGCCAAACAAAUAUCAGGAAAUUCUACUGUAAGCAGCAAAAAUAGCACCAAACGAUCAAAUCAAACAUCAAUAAAUAAUUCAAAAAUAUCAAACAGUACAAACAAUAGUGCCACAAAAUCAAAAAAUAAAACACUAGAAAACUGUUCUUUGUCUAUGAAAAGCUCAAACAACUCCAAGCAACAAUCUAAAAUGAAAACGUCCAUAAACUCUAUCAAUCACAGUGUGGACAAAUCUAAAGAAAAUGUAAAAGUCUUAAAACAAACAACACCAAAAAUACCUAAAGACAAAACGACUACAAAAAAUGUAAGCAUUGUGAAAGAAAUUAAAAAAAAAAAAGUAUCGGCAUCAAAAAUUGCUCUCACUAAAACCAAUAACAAAUGUGUAAAGGCAAUUAAACCUAAGUCCAAAAUACGUGAUAAUAGUUUGAACAGUGCCGAUACCCAUCAAAAAGUAAAAGGAAAUAAAUCUAAAACAAAAGAAGUACAUUGCCCCCCCAAUGGGUCGUCAGCAGAAGUGGACCUUUUUGAUUGUGUAGACCACGGUGAUUAUGGUAAUAUAAGCGAUUAUAAUCUUAUGGCAUCACCAAGCAAAUUAAGUGUAGUAUCAGGUAAUGACAAAUCCAGAAGUGUGACACCACCAUUAUUCAAUCAUCAAUGGAGUUCAAGUGCCAAGUCAUUAGUUGCUAGUGAACCACCAACCCCACUAAGUAAAUCAAUUGUGGCCAAAGCAUUAAAACGUGUCAAAGCACCCAAAAUUACUCUGGAAGAUGAAAUAAAAUAUAAAAAGAAAAAUACCAAACGAUCCAUUGAUUUUAAAACGGUCUCUAACAAAAUAAACAAAAUGUUGGAAUUUGGAGAGGAAUAUGAUGAAGAUUAAUCAUUGUUUUUUAUACUUUUGAUGAUAUGUCUUAUUUUUUUAAUAAUUGAUUUUCCUUUCUUUAAUAUAUUAAUUAAAAUAAUAUGUAAUUAUGCUUAAUGUUUAAAUUUAAAUUAUUAUUUAAAAAUAUAUGAUUGAAAUAGAACAUACCUUGUUAUGAAUUGCAUUCACUGUCUUUUUAAGCAAAGCUUAUAUUUUAUAAAUAUAUUUUUAAAGAUUA